UGGGCUGUUUGACAGUAUAGGGGAGUGCGUAUUUGUUGACAAGAGUUGUGUUGUACACAGUAACCUGGCUUCUCGAAAUAUCGGACAAUGGCCUCCGGGGGCGGAAUACAGAUACCGAGCCGUCUCCCGCUGCUGCUGACCCAUGAAGGGGUGCUCCUCCCGGGCUCCACCGUCAGGUUCAGCGUGGACUCUCCGCGGAACAUGCACCUGGUCAGCCAACGGCUGUUGAAGGGCACUUCUCUGAAAAGCACAAUCAUAGGAGUGAUUCCCAACACCAGAGACCCAGAGCACGACACCGACGACCUCCCCACCUUGCAUAAAAUUGGUACAGCGGGGAUAGCAGUGCAGGUGGUGGGCAGCAACUGGCCAAAGCCCCACUACACCCUCCUUAUCACAGGAUUGUGCCGCUUUAGUGUGUCAGGUCUGCUUAAGGAGCGACCCUUUGUCCUGGCAGAGGUGCAGCAAUUGGAUAAACUGGAGCAGUACACGACCCCAGCAACAGAGGGUGUCCCAGCAGAAGAAGGAGAGCUGGGGGAGCUGUCCCACAAGUUCUACCAAGCAGCUGUACAGUUGUUAGGUAUGUUGGACAUGUCAGUUCCAGUGGUGGCUAAGUUCAGGCGUCUGUUGGACAGUCUGCCCAGGGAAGCUCUGCCUGAUGUGUUAGCCUCCAUGAUCCGCACCUCAAACAAGGAGAAACUACAGGUCCUGGAUGCGGUGACUUUGGAGGAGCGAUUUAAGAAGGCUCUGCCCAUGUUGACCAGACAGAUCGAGGGACUAAAACUGAUAAAGAAAACCAGGAAAAUAGGUCCUGACAAUGAGAAAAGGGUGUUAUCGGUACGUAAAGGUGGCGUCUUCCCGGGCCGGCAGUUCAACCUGGAUGAAGAAGAUGAAGAUGAGGAUGGUGAUGACACUGCAGCCUUGGAAAGGAAGGUCCACAGGGCCGAGAUGUCUGAAGCUGCACUUAGAGUUUGCCUCAAAGAGCUCAAGAGGUUGAAGAAGAUGCCUCAGUCCAUGCCUGAGUAUGCGCUGACCAGAAACUACUUGGAUCUGAUGGUAGAGUUGCCAUGGAGCAAAAGCACCAAAGACUGUCUGGACAUCCGAGCCGCUCGCACUCUAUUGGACAACGAUCACUAUGCCAUGGACAAGCUAAAGAGACGCGUGCUGGAGUACCUGGCUGUUAGACAGCUGAAGACUUCCCUGAAGGGACCCAUCCUCUGCUUUGUGGGGCCUCCAGGAGUCGGUAAGACCAGUGUGGGACGCUCCAUAGCCAGGACUCUGGGCAGAGAGUUUCACCGCAUCGCUUUGGGAGGCGUCUGUGACCAGUCUGACAUCCGCGGACACAGACGCACAUAUGUAGGAAGCAUGCCCGGCCGCAUCAUCAACGGUUUGAAGACCGUGGCCGUCAAUAAUCCUGUGUUCCUCCUGGACGAGGUGGACAAACUGGGGAAGAGCCUGCAAGGAGACCCUGCAGCUGCACUGCUAGAGGUCCUGGACCCAGAGCAGAACCACAGCUUCACAGACCAUUACCUCAAUGUGGCCUUUGACCUCUCCCAAGUGCUCUUUAUUGCCACUGCAAACACCACAGCAACCAUUCCCCCUGCCCUGCUGGACAGGAUGGAGGUGCUGCAGGUACCAGGCUACACUCAAGAAGAGAAGGUGGAGAUAGCCCACCGUCACCUGAUCCCAAAUCAGCUGGAGCAGCAUGGAUUAACGCCUCAACAGCUGCAUAUACCACAGGACACCACACAGCAUAUAAUCAGCAGUUAUACUCGCGAGGCGGGUGUGCGCUCCCUAGAGAGGAAGUUCGGGGCCAUCUGCCGAGCCGUGGCUGUGAAAGUCGCUGAAGGCCACAGAGUCACCAAGACAGAGGCUUCCAGCCCCGAGGACCCAACGCAGCAGGAGGUGUACAUAAAGUACUCCCUGCUACCUGUCCAGGGAAUGCCGAUUAAUUCAACUUCCCUCGACAAAAUUCUUCCCUUCGGAACACCCUGCACCAACGCAGAUAUCACUUCCUCUAUGCAUUACCUUGACAAGGCGGUGCCCCCCGAGCUGCCCAUAGUGAUCGACCACGUCGCCCUGAAAGACAUCCUGGGACCUCCGCUGUUUGAAAUGGAGGUGUCUGAGAGGCUCACCCUGCCCGGCGUGGCUGUGGGCCUGGCCUGGACCCCCCUUGGUGGGGAGAUCCUGUUUGUGGAGGCCAGUCGAAUGGAGGGAGAAGGUCAGCUCACUUUAACCGGUCAGCUGGGAGACGUUAUGAAAGAAUCCGCCCAUUUGGCUAUCAGCUGGCUCAGGGCCAACGCUAAAACCUACCAGCUCACCAACAUGGUGGGAGGUCCAGACCCGCUAGAAGCAACAGACAUCCACCUCCACUUCCCUGCUGGAGCUGUCACCAAGGAUGGCCCUUCUGCAGGUGUUACCAUAGUAACCUGCCUAGCCUCGCUGUUUAGUGGCCGAUUGGUGAGAUCAGACGUUGCCAUGACAGGAGAGAUCACCUUGAGAGGGCUGGUGCUGCCGGUGGGCGGAAUCAAGGACAAGGUCCUGGCGGCCCACAGGGCAGGAGUGAAGCGCGUCAUCCUCCCUAAACGCAACGAGAAGGACCUGGAGGAGCUCCCGGCUAACGUCCGAGCUGACCUCGACUUUGUCACGGCUGCGAACCUGGACCAGGUCCUGAACGCCGCCUUUGAUGGAGGGUUUCCAGGGACAGCCAGCACCCACACGCACCCUCAGCUGAGCAGCAAACUGUAACCCACUGAUGAAAACACACACAUUCAAAUGAUUACUUUCCUAUUGAAGAGAUAAUUUGAAGUAAAUGAAGCUACAAUUCAGAGUCAAGCCCUGUAGGAGGAUUCAGUCAACGUCAUCUUCCAGGCAGUGCUGCCUGGAAGAUGACGUUGGGGGCUUAGAACACCAAACACCUCACAGCCAAGACUCGAUCCAGGUCACGUCACCACUGCGUGUAAUCAUGUUGGUGCCUUUAAGGGUUCAGCCUUAGUUUUUCUAGACUGACUGCCUGCUGUUUUUCCUGCUAUUUGCAUUAUAUUAACAGCACUGCUGUAGCCAAGUCGGCUGGAUGUGAGCUUAUUAAAGCCUCAACACAUUGGUGAGCAACUACAGCACCCUGUUGAUUUAGCUUGAUUGUUAAAGUAAAGGUAAAUUUGCUGAUAUGUUUUUCUUUUUGUAAGUGACUGAGGCUGGUGAGAUGUGAUCAGAUGGUCUGAUAGUGUGGUGCAGCCUGAUUCCAGCUAUUUCGGUUUUACCAGUUCUUGUAAACGCACAUGUUGAAAUUUCUUAGCUGUGCAAAUGUUACAACAACUGUUAACAAAAGACUACAUUUAGUUUGAUGUGUUUGGUGUGGAAACAAUUUCCCUGGACAAAUAUUCUUAUUCCAAAAUGCCAUUUAUCUGGCAGAAGUGAUCAGACCUAUUUAAUAUCUGGAGUCCUGUGCACCUGUAGGUAUUGUAUGGAGAAAGAUUAAGGGUUGGAUAAUUCCAGGAAUAUUCAAGGUAGAAACUUUCCAUGGGAAGUAACGGGUAUAAAAUGAAAAUAUCGGGGCUACCUGCUCAGGCUGUAUUUACCAUGUCAUAUGUAGAAAGAAACCAAUCUUGACAAAGAGACAAAAUCCAUUAAUUUGCUGAAUAAAUCCAUUGAUUUGUCAAAUGCAUAAAAUAUUAGUGAGCUAGCUAACAAGUUAACUAAUGGGGAAGGGUAGUUUUGAAAAUCCAAGUGGACGAUGUGGUCUGCGUGCAAACUCAGGGGCCGUUUUCACCUGGUAUUAAAAUCCGAUCUGAGUGAUCAGAUGACAAGUGGACAUCUCUAAGUACAGUUGUGAAUGUACCCAGGACGCAUUGAGACACGAUCACUAAAACCACAUUCAGAGGUGGUCUGAGCUGCAAGUGUCCACAUUCUUAUAGCAGUGAGACCGGGAGUGUGUCCUGAGCCACAGUGACUACAAGACUACUCAACUGUGAGCGGAACUACCUACUCAUUCAAAGUAUUUCUUAUGCCACAGAAACCACUGAAUGAACCGAGUGUUUUGAAUGUUAUUAACAUGCUGUCGGUAAUGUGUUUUUGUUCCCGUGCUGCCUGCUCUUAUAUCCCCGGCUGUCUGCAGCUCUGUGCGGAGCUGUUUAUUAGAAAAGGCAGCCACCAGUAUACAAUAAUGUUAUUUUUAGUUUCACAAAACGUCCCUGAAUUCACGUGUGUGUGUGUGUGUGUGUGUGUGUGUGUGUGUGUGUGUGUGUGUGUGUGUGUGUGUGUGUGUGUGUGUAAGAUGUUACUUCACAGCCUGAGUCGCCAAAAGAGCGGAGGUAAAACUAUUUCGCACAAUAAAAGUCCCUGAUUAUUUUGUUAUUUAAA